UCAUAGCAAUUUUUCAGCAGUUCUCAGCGGCGCAGAUCUUGUCCUUAUCCGUGCAUCCGGAUUUCCCUUCAAACCCCAUCAUCUCUUUUCUCUCUCUCUCUCUCUCUCUGUUUUAAUUCUUCAAUUUUUGUAUUCAAAGUCAAAUCACGGCCGCUGGUACAGUAACAAUAACUCAAAAACUCUUUUGCAGCUUUAAAUUGCAGAUGGCAACCGCAUUCACUUCCAUAGCCGGAGAAGCAUCAAUUUCACAGCUCAAUUUUGGUUGCUCGCCUUCAUUUUCAUUGCUAUGCUCCAUUUCCGUUGAGAGCUACCUUAAUUUGCUACAUCCCCUGCUUCUGACACUAACUUUUUUUCUGAUUUCUUUUAGUUUUUUCCCCUAAUCUAUUCACCAAUUUCCCCAAUUUUAUAUUUUGGGGCUGCUGGAUUUGCGCUUUCCUACAUGUGGAGGAGUAUAUUCUUUCCCCACCAAGCACAAGAAUCCGUUCAAUUUCUGGAUCGGGAGCGGGAUUUUAGGGACGGGUCUGUACAGAAUCAAAUAUGGGGUUUUUUAGUUUUUUUUGUUGUUGGUUUCGUACUUUGUUCGUACCUUUGAACCUCUGAUGGGUCUUUUUUGGGAACGAUUCAUUUGUGUGGAUUGAGAGAAGAAGGAAGUAACGAAGUGCACAGAAGGUGUUUGAUAAAAGUCCUGAGUGAAGAUAUGGGUUCUGAUAAUAGGUUCUAUUCCACUGAUGAAUUCUAUUUGGAUGCCAAAUGGUUGAUUGAUCCUAGACAUCUUUUUGUUGGGCCGAAGAUUGGGGAAGGUGCCCAUGCUAAGGUGUAUGAGGGAAAAUACAAAACUCAGAUUGUAGCUAUCAAAAUAGUGGGCAAAGGAGAUACUCCUGAGAGGAUGGUCAGAAGAGCAGCUCGGUUUGCCAGAGAGGUAGCAAUGUUGUCCAAAGUGCAGCACAAGAACUUAGUGAAGUUUAUUGGCGCUUGCAAGGAACCUGUGAUGGUUAUAGUGACUGAAUUGCUCACAGGCGGCACAUUGCGUAAAUAUCUAUUGAAUUUGAGGCCAAUGAGCAUGAAACUUAAUGUGGCGAUUGGGUUUGCGCUUGAUAUUGCUCGUGCAAUGGAGUGUUUACACUCACAUGGAAUUAUUCACCGUGACCUUAAACCAGAAAACUUGAUAUUGAGUGCAGAUCAUAAAACAGUUAAGCUUGCUGAUUUUGGUUUGGCAAGAGAAGAAUCGGUAACAGAGAUGAUGACUGCAGAAACAGGAACAUAUAGAUGGAUGGCUCCAGAGCUCUAUAGCACAGUCACUUUAAAACAUGGAGAUAAAAAGCAUUAUAAUCAUAAAGUUGAUGUAUACAGCUUUGCCAUUGUCUUGUGGGAGCUCAUCCUUAACAGGUUGCCUUUCGAAGGCAUGUCGAAUUUACAGGCAGCAUAUGCAGCGGCUUUUAAGAACAUGAGGCCCAGUGCUGAAAACCUUCCAGAGGACUUAGCUUUAUUAGUGACAUCAUGUUGGAGAGAGGAUCCAAAUACAAGGCCAAACUUUAGCCAGAUUAUACAGAUGCUAUUGCAGUCCCUGGCUAGAAUAUCACCUCGAGAACCCGUAAUCCCGCCUCGGAUAUGUGCUUCUGAAAAUGUCAUGAUGCCACCUGAAUCUCCCGGUACAGAUUCCUUGAUGGCUGUCCGACAUGGCUCAGGGGAAGCCUCACACGGCAUGAUAGAAGAAACCCCUAAAAGCUCCUUCUUCUGCUUUAACAAGUGUUACUGAUCCAAUAUAGAAGAAAACCCUAAAAAAGCACAGCUUGACUUUAGUUGUAGUUCUAUGAGAAUACCCAAUAAGCCAAUCCAGGAAAUGUAACAGAAUUUGGGAUUGCUGUCAUGGCACCCAUCUGUCUAACAAUCAAGAAUCUUGGCAUGUAGUGUUUCUGAGCUCUGUUGAGAAAUAGAUAAUGAGAAAUUCACUGAU